UCCAAAACUUGUAAUCACAUAUUCCUCACUCAUUCACACUCGUCAAUCCUCAUCUGUUUUUCUUCUUCUUCUUUUCCUUCUCCAUUUUCUUCACUUCUCUGAAAAGAAAAAGAGAAAGCGCAAAUCCAAGCUGAUCUAACGCCACAACCCACUUCAGAAACCACAACGCAAAAAUAUGCAUUGCACUAAUCUAAUGCUUCCAGGAGGAAGCGACACCGUUUAUUUCUUCCACCCCUCCUCCUCCUCCUCCACCACCCCCAUAACAAAAUCCAAACCCGGACCGUUUCUACGUUUAAAACCCGUUACCCGUUUCCCAAUGUCAUCUUUUAAAACAAAAGCUGCUGUUAGUGAUAGAAUUGCGACUAAAGAUUUGAGCUUUUAUGAGUUACUUGGAAUACCAGAAUCAGGUAGUUUGAUUGACAUAAAACAAGCUUACAAACAACUAGCUAGAAAGUACCAUCCUGAUGUAUCGCCUCCAGAUCGGGUUCAUGAGUAUACCCAGAGAUUUAUCCAGGUUCAAGAGGCGUAUGAGACUCUUUCUGAUCCUCGAAGAAGAGCUACUUAUGACAGGGAUAUGGCUCGUGGUCUUCACCUCGCUUUUUCUGCUAGAAGGAGAUACCAAAGUGAUGAGGAAGUGGAAGUCAGUAGUGAUUGGAAGAAUCGGUGGGAAGCUCAGCUAUCAGAGUUGAAAAGAAGAAGCAUGAACAAGGAUUCAGAAGAGAACAUGUCAUGGGCAGCUCGGAUGCGUAGGCAACGCGAACGCUUAUCAAAAGAGCUUUAAAGAGGUCCUUAACUUAUUCUGUAUAUACAUGUUCUUCAAACUAUAAACUUGGUUAGUACUUAGUAUCAAGAGAGUGACAAAGAUGCUGUCUGGUUAGCAUUGCGUGAACAAGAGAAAACAUAUCUGCGUGCUAACCAAACCAGAGAUGUUGUAUAGUUGUUUCUUCUUUUCCUGGUUUUCCAAUAACACUUGGAAGGCAUUUUGAUGCUGUAAAUAAUGUUCAGUAGUAUGAUGUUCGUCUUUCAGGAACAA